GAAGAAUUUUGUUUCAUUUUUUAAUAAAACAAAACACAUUUUGCAGUUCAAUCAAUUUUCAUCUAAAGUGCCUUCAAUUGCUGUAAAAACAUUAGUAAAUAACAAUACAGAAAUUACUAAAGUGGAUACGACCACUAUAUCUUUAAUAGAAAGACUUUCUUUGGUGAAAUGUGAUACAGAUGAAGGUGUAAAAGUUCUAGAAGAUUCUAUUUCAUUUGCUGAUAAAAUCCUACAUAUAAAUACUGAUAACAUUGAACCUCUAUACACUGUGUUAGAAAACCAAAACCUAUAUUUACGGGAGGAUAAAAUAACACAGGGCAACUGUCAAGCAGAUAUAUUAAAAAAUGCAGUAUUAAAAGAAGAAGAAUACUUUGUUGCACCACCAGGCAACAUACCAUUACAUGAAUUACAAAUAGAAUCAAACACACAAAUUAAAAAUGAAAACUGAAAUUCAGAAACUUCUAACAUUACAGAAGUUCUUUAAAAAUGUACAAACUUGUAGAAAUAGAAUAACAGUAGAUCUAGAAAAACCGAGUAAAAUACUAGUCCAAAAUAUUCAUCAUAGUUGGCUGAGAUCAAUUAACGGGAAGACAACCCAUCAUUUUCCUGUAUAUUUUGAUAAGACUAUUGCUGACAAAUAUGCUAAAACUUACUAUGGUAUUAUUAAUCAACACUCGUGUGAUGUAAACCAAAUAGUUUAUGAAGAAAAAGAGAUUGAAUAUGAUGUACACAAUAAAGUUCAACUUAAAUUUGACCUCAUGAUCCCUCAAUCUGAUGUUAUGCAAUAUUUCAUACAAUGGCAAAGAUAUAGAAAAUAUUGGUGGAGUUCUGUGACUACCACUCCCAGCCUGUUUUCCAUAAAUGACAUGAAGCAUGGUGUAGGAAGAUCGGAUGUCAAUAUUAUUGCUAACUUCAAAUGGGGUCAACAAGUUGUAGAAUCUAUUAGUGUAAAUUCUAAUGGAUCAGAUGUAUCACCAGAAAGUAUGGUUAAAAAUACUUCCUGUCUCACUUGUACGAUGGGAUUAGAAACAGCAUUUGUAACUAUCCUCUUAGAUGGACUUUCAAACGCAACCAAGGAAGAAUAUCUUAGACUUCACAACAAAAUGGCGCCUUAUAAAAUAUCCUUUGCAUUAGAUAGCCAAGGUAUGCAAAAAGAUCCUAAAGUGUUAAAUACACUUAAAGAGUUGGCUCAACUCCUCUUCCAUAAACUAAAAUCAAAGGAAUUAUCAGCUUGGCUGCCUAGUUUUACACUGCCAAUACAAGCACAGGUAAAAGAAAAUCUACAUUUGGGCGUAACAUAUACAGCAAUUUUGAAUGAGAAUACGCUAUCAAAAGGAAUCUUUCACUUAUUAAAUAGCAGUACUAUGCUAAAAGAACAAGUACAUGUAGCUGAUUUCGAUAGUUAUGCAGCAUUACUAUGUAAAAAAUAAAAUAUCAAUUUUUAUAUAAUUUGUAUUAAGUAAAAUGUCCAUUUUUAUAUAAUUAAACAUUUGACACUCAAGAUCAAAACAACCAAUUAGUUCACUUUAAAAUUUUAAUUCUUAUUGCAAGAAAUUACAUUAGAAUCUUAUAGGCUAUAUUUAAAGGAAAUUAAAUGUUUGAUCUAAAUUACAAUAUUCUGUAAUCAAUUAAACCAAAUGUAGAAUAAAAAAAA